GCGAUGUAUUUCCUUCUACUACAUUGGCAUCAAUAUAAAAGAAGGCCGAAGAUGUCUAAUCAUCAGUUAUACCGAAGCAGCACAGACCUCUUGAAAAUGUUCAGAUUGGUGGUGUUGUUCACCGUAGUUGCCCUAGCCCUGGGCAAACCUGGUUUCCUCCACGGAGGUUUGGGGUAUUCAGCAAUCGCUGCUCCCGUAGUAGCUGCUCCUAUCGCAGUGCCCGCCGCUGUUAGCCACUCUUACAGGGCGGAUAUAAUCAGCAAACCCAUAGUAGCAGUUCCUUUAGUUCACAAGACAAUCGUAGCUGCCCCUGUCGCUUACGCUGCCUCGCCUGUCGUUGCUUAUUCUGGACAUCCGUGGUAAUAUUAAGAUUUCGGAAACUGUUAUGUGGAUAAUUAAUAAAAAUAAAAAAACUGUUCGUA